AUGUCCGAAUCGGAAAUUGCAGAAAAGCACAUUCUGACAGAAAACAUCGCGAAUAAAUAUUUCGGACGUGAUGACUUCCAGUUCGGCGUGUUAACAUUCUUCGCCAAAUUGCAUACCGUGGACACCUGCGGUAGUAAUGGCCUGCCACUAACGCCCAACUCGAUUACAAUUUACGGCAAAGCACAAAUUUUCAAAUCAUUGGUGCAUUCAAAUCUCUGCCAAUAUUUGGACAUUAUAAGAGGAAAACAUGAAAGACUUUUGGUGGUCUCUCAAUAUUGUGGCACCCCAUUACUUGAAACCCUUUCAAGUAUUCAUUCAGAUGAGAUAUGCCGCAUUGCCUAUCAAAUAAUCAAAGGUUUGGAUGUGUUACACAAUAAUAAUCUUACCCAUCAAACUUUGUGCUCAGAAAAUGUGCUGUUGCAAAAAGAUGGCAGCGUCAAGUUGUUCAAUUAUGCUCUUUACUCCAUGACUGGAUAUGGCCAACUGGUUUCAUUUCCACUGGUACAAACUGCAUAUUCUGCCCCAGAAGUGUAUUUGAAUAAGAAUCAACCCACAAAAUUCCCAAUGUCAACCGACAUCUGGUCCCUGGGCAUCAUUUUGGUGGAGCUGGUGCUGAAGCAACCACUCUGGGAGAGUUUGAAGAUUGGUCAAAAGAUUCGCAAAAUUCUCAGCCUGCUGCAAUGCGAAGGCCGUAUCUUUGAACGCAUCGCACGAGAACACAAAUGCUACGAAAUAUUCAUGGCAUUGGAUCCCGAUUGGAAAGCGCUUAUUGAAAGCUGUCUAGCCGUCACACCCAGCAGGCGAAUUACCACGCAAAGACUUCUCGAAAACAAAUUAUUUGCACAUCUUCAUGUGCACAACAGCGGCGAGCAAAAGAAGCGCGACAUUCCAAAGUACGAAGCAUUCACCAUCAAAGAAUUCUACCAUUGGUGGAGACUCGCUGGCGGUGACGUGAUCGCUGAAUUAAAGAAACAAGGCCUCAUACGGACAGGCCCACCAAUUCUAUCAUUGCCCAGCCUGGCGCUGAUCGACGGCACGUGUUUUGGCCAGGAGAAGAACCCCAACACGCUGUAUGACCAACGAGUGGUGAUGAUGCCAGUGACGGCGCUACACGAGCGUCUCGGUCAUCUCAAAUAUCAUCACUUCCAUCCACUGGUACAUUGUGCAUCCGCAAUCAUCGACAGAUUUGAUUCAUCGCUCAACUACGAUGCAAGCGGACUUCCACUGUGCAUUAAAGAGAAGGAUCCCGAGUACCAAUUCCACCGCAUUAUACUCUUCAGGCGUUUGUUGUACGGUUAUCCGUUUACGCGAGAUUUGAUCGUUAGGCAGGCAAGAUUCGAUAUUCCGCCGCAACUUCGCGGUGAAAUUUGGGCUGCACUGCUCAAUGUGAGCGGCGAUCGCGAUCGCACAGAGUUAUUGUUUCAGCUCAUUGAUAAAGAGACCCAAACACCUACCGAUCGUCAAAUUGAGGUGGACAUUCCACGUUGUCAUCAGUACAAUGAGCUGCUUUCCUCUGCCGACGGGCAUCGCAAACUGAAGCGUAUACUGAAGGCGUGGGUGCAAAAAAACACAAAGUAUGUGUAUUGGCAGGGUUUAGAUUCGCUCACGGCGCCAUUUCUCUUAUUGCAUUUUAACGAUGAGGCCAGGGCGUUUGCGUGCCUCUCUGCUUUUGUGCCCAAGUAUCUGCACCAAUUCUUUUUGAAGGAUAACUCGGCGGUUAUUCAAGAAUACCUCGCCCGUUUCUCACAACUGAUUGCAUUCCAUGAUCCACCACUUGCGAACCAUCUACACGAGAUUAACUUUGUCCCUGAACUGUUUGCAAUUCCAUGGUUCCUCACCAUGUUCUCGCAUGUAUUUCCUUUACAUAAGAUCCUGCAUCUUUGGGAUAAACUCCUCUUGGGCGACUCCGCAUUUCCUCUGCACAUUGGACUCUCGGUAUUGACGCAAUUGCGCUCGCGCCUCAUGUCGAGCGGCUUCAACGAAUGCAUCCUACUCUUUUCCGACCUACCCGAGGUGGAUAUUGAAAACUGCGUGAAGAAUUCAAUGCUUACAUUCGAAACAACGCCAAAGAGCGUCACGCGCCGUCUGCAUGACAAUGAAAGCGGGCAGGAAAUCACCCCCGAAGCAUUGGAAGACUGUCGACGGCAGAAUAAAGCACGCUAUCCGCGAAUCUCACCGCAGGAUGUCGAGCAUUUAGUGCGUAACUUUCCCAGCCAGCUGCUUGCAAUCGAUAUACGAAAUCCUACGCAAUUUGCACGCCGCGCCAUCGUCGAUAGUUUGAAUAUUCCAAUUUCGAGCGUCAAAUUCGGUGAGCAGAGUCUUGAAGGGCUGGGCCCAGUUGGGACUUUCCUCGCUACCAGCGACGAUAAAUUUGUCGUAGUCAUUGGUGACGAGGAUACCGACACUGAAAUGUUUCCGCGUCUGUUGCUCGACUGCAAGGUACCAAAGGUAUGCGUUUUACAAGGCGGAUUCGACGCAUUGCAAACCUACGCAUCGAAUAAUGCAAUUUUUACGAGCAGUUAAUAAUAAUAUAAUUCAAACUAUAUCCAAUUUAAUUUACAAGUUUCGAAAUGUUCAAAUACCUGUUUAGCCAGACACUAUUUUCAAUGGUUAUUGCGAUUGUUUACGUCUAUGGUAUUCUUUAUAAAUCGAUUCGAUAAUUAAUUAUUAAUUAAAUUAAUUGUUAAAGUUG